CCCUUUUUCUGGAUGACAACGAACUCUUUCUGCAUGGAGGAGUUUUUUCGUCUACUUUUCGAAUUGCAGGAGUUUCAUCUCGGUUUUCGACCAUUCUGAUUAUCUCUGUGUCAAUGUCUCUUGGAGUGACUUUUUCGGCUUCACGGUCCUCAUCAUCAUCAAUUUCAAUACCAUGGUCAGGUCUUGUAGGUCUAUGUGUGAAGAGGACCCCCUCCUAUUUUUUCUUUCGAAUUCACCCAUGAAUGCGUGUUUUGACUUACUAGCUCGUUAGGUUAUUCUUAUUUGUGUAGAGUUUGUAAUCGUUCCAUGAAGUCUGUUGGAGAAAACAGAAAUACAGCGGCGUUAUUGACCGAAUAUUCAUAAUCUAUCGUUUGGGUUCUAGUAUCACGUUUGUAGUCGUAUUGCUUGGUAUGUUUUUAUCUUUAGUAACGAAAUCGAAAAUUUUCUACCAGCAUUUGCAGUGGUACGUUGGUUCUUUUAGAGGUUGUGUUUUUUUGACUGUUUGAUGUUUCAAUACUGCAAGUAGAUGAGACCGACGGUUUCUGCCUCGUUCCGGUCGGGGUUGGGACCUAGUACUUGUGGUAUCUCAAAAUAGCAAAUGGAGUAUCAUUUAUCUUUCUCUCGUGGUUUUCCUCUCUCACGGUAUCUGCUUACCUGUCGAUCUUGUUUGCUCCGGAUCGAUAGUGCAGAUUGAUGUAGAAAAAUUUUUUUCUUAGAGUCACGAUCACAUCGACAUCAUCAUCAUCAUCAACAAGAAGUGGGCGCAAUUAUAGAUUGGAGUUGUAUUGUUUGCUCGUUACCAUUGAUGGUUGAGCGAAGAUGAUGUGACUCUCAGUGACAAGCACAUUGAUUGAUUUCUAGUGGUAUGUGGGCUAAGAUGAAAUUGUAAGUUUUUUCCGUGUGCAGAAAUAUUAUUUCAUGAUGAAAAAGAUUGUAUUUGUACCUAAUACUAGAUGUAUUAUCUUCAUGAGUUGUAGCUAUGCUAGAUCUACAAACAUCUAGCAGAGACUAACACUUAUGCUUGAUCCCGGUGUGUACCGAUAGUGACAGCAGAGUUCUUAUCUGUCUUUUUGCUUGGUCUAGACUGAUGAGCAAGCUUUUUUCGUAGACGGCGGGAACUUCAACCACUUAUCACUUUCUUGGGAAACAUUAUCUACUUCAGUUGAGAUUGAUGUCGUACUUACAGUGAGCCAGCGUGGUGGUUAUCGAGUUAGUUAUUCGAGCAUGUCGAUAUGAUCAACCUAAAGCAGAAUGCAAUAGAGUUGCGUUUAGUAGAUCUUCAAAAAUUGUAGCAUAAGUAGUAGUUAAUUCUAAUUCUUGAUCCGACGUUUGUGUCUGGUUGUCAGUAUUAUUAGAUUGCGACUAGACAGAUCAUCUUCAUACAUAGAUUGAUUAUGAUGAUGAUCCUAAAGCUGAGCCUAACCCUGCUUUUAACACUUUUUUUUUGAAUUCAAAUGGCGAUGAGUUUGACAUCAAGUGGGCCGCCGGUCUGGCUGGCCAAGGACCAAGGACCAGCGCCACUACCACUUCCAUCACCAGCUGGGGAAGAACGAUCAGAUGACAAUUCAGUCACCGGCGGCGAGUCCUGUUAUUCCGUUGAUGGUGAAGUAGAAGCUGCUAGCAUGAUCAACUACAGCGAUAACAAUGUCGUAGGCAACAGCAAGACAACUUCUUCCACUGGUAAUAUUGGGUCAACACCUGGUGCCACAGUGCCAGUGUUGAAGAAAUCCCGCAAGUCUGGGGGAUUCUUUGCUGCUACACGUAUGCAUCGUACCGACGCCAGUGUAGAUGCUGGUCAAUUGCUAAACAAGUUGCGCCGCGUUAUCGAGUGCGUAGGUGGUGCUGGGUGCGACGGUUUCCUUGUAGCUUACCCGCUUUGGGAUGCGUUUUUGCGACGAUCCAUAGACCGCAUCCUGAAAUCGAAGGCAAAGCGUUUUCCGAAUUUGCAAGUCCUCGAACCAGUGCCGGUACCGCAUUGGGGCGCUUUCACACCGGCAUUGGCCAACAUCAUCGCGGCCGCACAGGGCAGACAGGCGAAUAAGCUGUUGUUUGUGUCCUUGGAAAUGAUCGUGAAUGGAACAGCAGUGGAUGCCUUGUUGCACCAUUUGACAGACACGACGUUGGUAGUGGGUGCCGAGUUGAAAGGAUCGCAUCUUUUCGGCGAUGAAGAAAUGCCGCUGUUCAAACCGGCGUGUAACCGUAGAGUAGAUGAUGUCGAUUCUGGUGGAAACUGGAAGAAGAUGGAAACAGCUGCGUCGUGCGAAGGUGGACCUACCUCUAAGGGCCGUCAGGAUGAGCAAGGUUUCUGUCAUGCUAAUCAUUCUACGGGAACUCCUCAGCAGCAGCUUGCUGACGCGAACAACACAUCAUCAAGCUCUUCAGCAUCUUCAACAGACUCAUCCGGCCAAGUCCCCCAAGAGCAAGAUCUACCAGGUACUUACGAAGUCACUGGCGCCAACAUCCCGUGGAACACCUGUGCGGUUUGGGAUAUGGAAAAACUGAGCAUGUUCGGGUUUCCUCCAGUCGCUGACGGUUAUAGUCCUGGCGUUGAGAAGGGCAUCGAGGAAGUCGUGGCCAUCAACGUAGCACAAGCAUGUUUGGGUCGUCAGAAUGCGGAGGUCAAGUUGGUGCGAAUCUUGCCACGGUCGAGGAGUACUGCGGUGUCGCCGAGUGCGAGAGUUGCUGGCGGGCCAGCGGCUACGCCUACAUCUACUGGGGGACCGGGAGCAGGGGAAGAUGACGGGGAAGUAGUUGGAGAACAAGAACAAGAUCGUCACGGAGGAGACAUCAACCUGCACAAAGACACUUCUGAAGCAGAGCUGAAAGAGCGCUCCCCAUCGGCGGCGAGCACUGCGGCGACCACUAGUGAUGCCAAGUCAGUUGUUGCAAGUCUAGUGGCGGAGGGUAAAUCGCCUCCGCUUUUUCAGGCUGCUGCAGUUGCUGUGGCGCCAGCGAGCCAGAACCUCCAAUCUGAGUUUGGUGGCCGCGUUGGAGCUGGCGUGAGUGCACUAGGUCCACGUCAGGUGUCGGCGGCAGCCAAGCCAGCAGCUCGAGGCGGACCUGCGUUUGGCACCACUGCUCUCGGGGCAACAAUCAGUUCUAUCUCAACGAGUGCGACAACAACUUCGACUGCGCCUGGGCCACCCGUAAUGCUCAACGACAAGAAAUCUACUGCUUCGAGUUUUUCGUCUAAGCCACAAGCUCUUCUCAAGGCAGAAACUUCCUGGAACGACGACGAGGACAGAUUUGAUGACGCUGAUCCGAUUUGCACGUGGGAUGUCUUUGGUGAUGCUUGGAUUGAACUGAUGAGAACAGGCGCUUCCAGGUUGCUCACGCGAUCUGUGUCUCACCAGAUCACAGAAGAAGUAGGUUGUAAUAGUCUCAGCAUGAUGGGAGGUGGCGGAGCAGCAGACCUUAGUCCGAUUAAGGGGAGUGGCGUGUUUCCUGGGUUUAGGGGAUCCUAUUCGAAGAACCUCAACAUGCUCGACAUCAGAGAAGGGCCAACCGAUGAGGCUGAAACAGAUGAUCUAGACAUGGAAGCAACAACCUUUGGGGCAGGAAAUGUGAAGGCCAACCUUCUAGUAGGUGAGGGACCGACGUCUUCUCCUAGUACUACUACAAAUCAUAUGUUGGAGACUAGUACUACAAAUCAUAUGUUGGAGGUUAGUGGAGAUCAGCGACAGAGUAAGAAAGCUGCGCAGAAUUUGAAACAAGAGGAAGAACAAGACUUGGUUGCAGGAGAGGACAGUGUGUCUGUUGACGAAGACGAUCUCGAUUCGGAGCUUUUCUCAUUAUCCCUAUCCUUGACGACAGGAACAGCAGGAGGUUCGCUCGGAGCGCGUGCUGGUGGCCAGGAUGAAGUAGACGCAACAUCAGCAUCUUCUGCUGGUCAGAAGACGAGUAUGGUGAAUGUUCAGAGUUUCCAUACUGCAGUAGGUCACGAAACUCCUUCGUCCACACCUUUUACACCUGGCUUAUUUGGAAACGGAACUACAAGUGCAAAUGCCGUAAGCAAGACCAGGAAGAAGCAAGAUUUGUCCUUACAGCUUCUAGAAGCUGAUCUUGACCUGCAGGUGGAAGAAAUACACGUGCAUCGAGUCGAAGAAGAUGGCGGAGAUAUCUCUGCUUCCCUCGCAAGAACCGUGCCUGGCGCUAGUCCGACCUUGCAGGUAGCAUUGGGCGAUCCUAGAGCUUUCAGUAAAGACUCAUCUUUUGCGUCUCCUCUGUUUGCUCCAAAUCCAAUGAUCAAGAAGAAGAGUGGAAGUCCAGCCGGAGGUGCGGGAUUCCUAGCAGGAGCUCAGGGAGUUUCUACUUCAGCUCAGGGAACUUCAGCACCAGCGGCAUCAGGUCCUGCAGCACCAGCGUCACCAGCAUCACCAUUUGAAGCGAAGAAGACCUACUUGCAAAGCUUUCAUCUGGACACGGGCAGCAAGAUAUCUUCGCCAAAGAUGAACCUCGCAAGUAAGGAGGAACAAAAUCAUGCUUUUGACGCGAGUAAUACCAGUGGGGCCGGAUCUUCAGGCGUGGCGUCAGAUAACGAGCAUGGAUGUCAAUGGAGUGGCAUGCAAGAGAUCGCUAGCUACCAGUAUCUGCUCGAUGUUGAUGGUCCAGAGUCGCAUUCUGCCUCAGGAGCUUCUCCAGAUGAUCGUCAAGCAGUACUUCUAGGUGCGACCGCGCUCGGUACAACUAAGGCACCUCCACAGCAGAAUGUUGGCUAUGGCGGUCCUCUAGCCCGUCACGGUAGUGUAGCGAGUAUGAUGUCCUCUGCUGACAGCGAAGCGUCGCGUAUUGUGUUUGGACCGACGACGCGUACGACAUCGCGUGGACUAGGUGGAGGUGGUAGACACUCGGCUAGUAAGGACAUACGAGCAGGAAAGCAACCUCCACGUGCUCUCACGUCUGGUAAGGGAGGCACCUCAUCGAAUAGCAGUAGUUGUAGCAACAUGUUGGGGGAGCUGCAAAAUCAACUCAUCACUGCUGAAGGAGAAACUGCAAGUAUGUCCCUUGCUGCUCCUGCUACCGCGUCCUCGACCAGAAAGAAAACAGCGGAGGAAGAGCGCGCAACGAAGCACGAGAAGCAUGUCAAAAAAUGCGCAACGAAGAUUGCGCGAGCAAACACUCAAAUGAGUCUUUUGCAGUUUUUGCCGCCAGGCGUCGUGCAGCAUCUCGUACAUCAGUGCGUUUGAGUGAAGCUAUAUUGUGAGGCUGGUCACAUAAUGAUAAGCUUUUGACUAUGAACAACAUUUAGGGCCAUGACGAAAAGUGUAAUCUUAGUAAACCACUUCUAGCAUAUUUUUAUGCAUAAUAUGGCUGUUCACUGAAACGGUAUAAGCCCGAGGCCGGAUCCCGGCCGACAUCUUUAGAAUUAGAUUUACUUAGUAAUAAAUUAAAUGUUGUUGGUCAAUGGUCAUUACCGGCUCAAGAACCAAUGAAUGAACCUGAUUGCAAUGCCAAAUGACUGCUCACACUCGUCACCUUGAUCAUGAUCAAUACCGUUCCUUGUCUUGAACUCAUUUUAGUUCCUCGCAUGGUCAUCAUUUGAACUCAAUGAGUUCCAACGUGAAUCGUCAGUAAGAUCUCCCAGAUCUUUAGCUGCAUUAUGGCCCAUCAUGAUACCCCAAUGACAUUGGGCCCAUUUUGAUAUCAUUUCAGGGCCUUAAACAGUCAGUGACCAUUCGGCACGUCCGUUCUGGUCGUCUUUCUGUUACAUUGCAACGAUAGUCGUUCCAUUUGCUCUCAAGAGCCUCAUAGUGCGCUUGGACGUGUUCGGGUGUUCCAACAAAUGCACAAGUACAGCAUCCACAUCAAUCUUUUUGCUAGUAGCUUAGUUUAGUAGUAUCUACUCAAGUGCAGCUUCCCAGCACAAGAAUAGUAGUUGAUUUUCAGUGUAGCACUUCGUUAUCUUUAAUCAACAUUAUUAUGCGGAGGUCGAAAUUUUGUUACCACUCGUAUUUAGUUCUCGGUGAUAUUUCAAAAAUAUCACUGUUCGAAUUUCUACUAAAGAUGAGUCUCGAUGUAGCAGACUUGAACAGUACUGACUACUACUAUGUAAGAAGAACAAUGAAAGACCGAGUCAAAUCGGACUUUUGCGUUGUUUCUUCGUAUAACCUGUGUGCAGGAAGUGUGUACUUGAUUGCUUAUCUAGAAUCUUUUCUAUCUUCCUCUGGUCUUUCUUUUUUCUAGUUAGGUCUGCUCCACCACGCUCACUAGAAUCCUUUUCCACAUAAGACCAAUCUAAAAAUGAAGGCGUAGUAGGAUUCAGCUCUUUAAUAAAACCGACACAAUCUUCAUCAUCAUUUUAACCUUUCCCAACAGCAUACUGUGUAAUGUGUAAAUGAAAAGCAUGAAAUCUUCGAAGUCCUAUCAUCUUCAAGAAUGAACAAGGAUAUUACUUAGAAGGAGAAUAGAAGACAACGAUGGAGGACACUCGCGCAGAAGACUCAACAUCUUCUUGCGUGGUAAGUUCUCCUCGUGUAAAUGUAUUUGUGAUUUUUAGCCAUUCUAUGUGACAAACAGAAACGUGGUCGUGAGUCACAACAUUGACCUGCAUUUUCCCCCUUGUUCAAAGAAGACCAGAUGUUCCUGUAAUGC